AUGGAAGAGGACGAAAAUGUCGAUAACGCUACCUCUGCCGAGAACAACAAACAAUCCAGACGGGAGCGGCUAAAGGGAGCCCUCUCCCGCACCAAGAGCAAGUUCAAGAAGCACACAAGUGACACAAAUGAAGAGAGGGAUCUUCCGGAUGACGUGAACGAGUUUUUGGCUGCAGGCAGGACAUCUCUCUCGAGCGGACCACGGCCAGUAGAUAGUCUUCCGCAUCUUCAACGCACCCCUGCCACCUCGAACCUUGACCAGAGCUCGCCGGUUUCUACCAGACCAUCGACGUCUGAAUCAUUCACGAAUCCCUCCGCCCCCCAACGCUCACCGAAGAAGGUCUCUGUCCCAAGAAUAGACGUCACAAAUUCUCAACGCUGGCCUCGCGCUCAACCCAUUGGAACUACCGAACAGGACAUCAACGACUUCUUGCGUCCUGAAUACCAAGGGCGCAGUCAAUCGGUCAGCUCCUUCUCCAAUAAGCCGAAGCGCAAGGGACGUGGUAGAGGACUCAGCGUCUCCUUUAUCGAAGCCCCCCCUGUCAUUAUUGGCGAGGGCGGAGACGAUGCGCCCACACCUCCAGUUGAGAUCUCAAAGGCCAGACAACGAGCCCGAUCUGCCUCGCCGAUGCCCAACCGCGGGCAAUCUCAGUCGCGUGACCACUCGGGAAGUCCUACGAACGGGGCCUACGAUCUACGAAAUGCUCCCCUCCCUCAUCCACCACGUCAGGGAGGUCCACCCCCAGACAUCUUGCGGCCUAGGAUGCUACAAAGAGUACAGACAGGGAACUUCUCGGGCAGCAGAGGGGCAUCUGCGUUGGAUAAAGAGUUUGAAAUGACACUUCGUCUGGGGUCAAAUGCAGUCAACUCUCCGGUCAGCCCGGGAGAAUCACCUAAUACUCCGGAGCUCCAUGCUCCGAAACCAGUACGGGUGAUCCACCCGCCACCACCAGUGCUGGAAGAACCCAUACAGUCACAUAUCGUCAAAAAGGAGGUUCAGAGCACAGAUCUGCGCAAACAGUUCAGAGAAGGGGAUGCCUUACGUAUGCAUCUCGAUACGGAAGCGCCAGAUGUCGUCGACAGCAUCGCUGGUGAUGGGGCAGUUAGGGGUGGGAUCCAUCCUGAUGAGCAGAGGCCUUCCAAAUGGAUUUGA